AAUGUAAUCAAUAGAUUAGCAUCAGAGAGUGUAUCUGUACACUGGCAUGGGAUGCAUCAAAGGAACAGUAACUGGAUGGAUGGAGUGGAGCAUGUUACACAGUGUGGUAUACCCCCAGGAGCUAGUUUUACUUAUAUCUUUAAAGCUGAACAAUACGGGACUCACUGGUACCACUCUCACAGUGGAGCUCAGAGAACUGAUGGACUCUUUGGAGCUCUCAUUGUUAAAGAGAAAGAUAUAGAAAAAGUGAUAGAUGAAAUUGGUGAUUUUAUAGAUAUACCAUUACAGCAUACGCUAACACUCCUUGACUGGCAAGUAUCAAAUUCUAUUGAUCUAUUCACACGGAUUCAUUCCGGUAUCAGAUACUAUAAUAUAGACAGGGCAGCUGAUCUAAGGUCUAAUCCAGCCUCUAAACGUACCUACUCAUCAGAUGGUGCUGAAGUGGGUCCUGUUCCUUAUUGGUCCGGGAUAAUAAAUGGAAAAGGAAGACAUGGAAGUGUUCCUUAUGUUAAUUCAGAACUGAGUGUAUUUGAAGUAUCUCCUGGUAGUGUGUAUCGUUUCAGGUUGAUUGGUGCUCAGAGCUUAUAUGCUUAUCGUUUCUCCAUUGACAGGCACACACUGACAGUAAUAGCGACUGAUGGACAGUUUGUGGUACCAAUUGAAGUGGAUUUCAUCAUAAUACACUCUGGAGAGAGAUACGACUUUCUUCUUCAAACGAAAAACAACACGUCACAAAAUGAUUAUUUAAUUCGUGUGGUAACGCUAGAGGUGAACAGCGAUCAAGAGUGUUGCUGAAGCUAUUCUCCAUUAUGAUACAGGUCCUUAUCCUAAAGCUAUUGAUUAUGAGAGAAUAGCUAAAAGCUCAGAAAGUGAUGCUGUUAGAUGCACCGAAUCCUCCAACUGUACAGCUCUUAACUGUCCUUUCCUAGUCUACCCUCAAUCUUACUACAUCAGUUGUGAACAUAUUCAUAACCUGAGGUUACUCUUUCCUGUAUCUGAUACUGAUCUACCUACUAACAAUGCUAAAGGUAAGACUAGCCUCUUCUUUAAUUUUGGUUUUGAAGGAAUCAGUCAAACCAGUGCUAUCAAUGGGCGUAACUUAAGGCUGCCCUCAUCUCCGCCUGCUUUGUACGAUACUCCGGAAAACCUUUACCAAGAAUCCUGCAAGAACCUCAACACAAACUGGGAGUGCGAUGAGAUUGAUACUGUUAUUGAUUCCGACUGCUAUUGUGCUCAUGUUGUCAACGUGAGCAGUGAUC